AUGUCAAUAGAAGGAAGUAGAGACUCAAGAGAGGAAUUUCUGAAGACUUUUGAUCAGGAAAGCCAGCUGACCGACAAAUCCCGCCGCGCGAAUUCGAAUCGAGCAUCAAGAGACACGAAAACGCUUCUUUUAAAAUUUCUUUUCGGCUUUUUGGCGAUUUUCGCACUUUUGCUCAUCGGCGGCGCAGUGACGACUGAAACAAAACCCGGAAAAAGCAGCAGACCAAAAAUCGACGAGUCAGUUUUAAAAGUCGAAGUCGAGGAAAUCAUCAUUUUGGAAGAGAGGAAUCGAAAAGAAGAAACGACGGAAAUGCCCCAAGAAAAAACCCUGCUCAACAAUUUCCUCGGCCGCUGGCAAGAAGAAUCCUCCACUGGUGUUGCCGAAUACAUUGACGCCGAGGGAGGAAGCAUCUUCUACAAAAUGUUCGCGAAAAAGAUGAAAUGCGACAUUGAGUACAACAAGAUCGAGCCCAAUGUCUACCAGUCCACCUUUUAUCUGACCAUCGGGCCGCCAAUGAAAUUUCCUCUUCGAUUCGACCAGCCUUAUCAGCACAAAAGUCCGACUGGCGAUCAAGUCGUGUCUGUUGCCGAGUUCAGGCCUGGCUUCAAUGAUAUUAUUGCUAAAACAAAGGGAGGUCAUGAAGGGACAACGCAAACAAACAUUCAAAUGAUAGAUUCUAAACUACACCUGACGACGACGAUGCUUGAUAAAAAUAUAAGCUGUACAAGAGUUUAUAGCAGAAAACCUUCUGAUCUUUGA